AUGAUGGUGCACAGGACGAGAGACAUUGAGGAAGAAGAAGAAGAAGGGUGGAGGGGGCAGGGGCAGCGACAGGGUACGGAAGGGGCUGAUCCGGACGGAGAGCCGAGGCAGCCGGUGCUGCCCAACAGGCGGCCACUGGCAGCAGCAGCAGCAGCAGCAGCAACAACAACAGCAGCCGCCCAGGACGACGACAGCGAGGCAGCGGCGACGACGACGACCCACAUUCACCAUCCCAUCCAUCGAUCGCCGGCCUGUAUGGGUGGGUGUGUAAGUCGUUCGGACCGACCAGAGACGUCCGGGCUGUGCCUGGAUCUACGAGUUCUCUCUGGCAGCAAUAGGCCUGGUCGAUGUGGCCAUAACCACAACGGCACUGGCCCAACGCACCAAUCGGUCAUCGCCGCUCUACUCUUGAGACCGCCGCCAGCCUGUGACGUACGUGUCAACGCGGUAACCAGUUGGCGAAGUGGUGGGGACACCGCUUUUUCAUUGGGACACUUGGAGCUGUGCCCGCGAGUGUCGGACGCUCUGGAGCACUACGGAGCAUUGCAGCGUAAUAUCGAUUUCGCCUUCCGUGGAAGUGCGGGCAAGCAUGGCGGACUGCAGAGUCUCGGGAAAACAACAGCGGUGGUACGUCGUAUGCCACCUCCUGCUACGUUGCCAUCACUGAGAGCGGAAAAUCAAGGACAGGAUCCGACUAUCGCACUUGUUCCACAGGGGUUCGCUCGCAUUCUGGAUGGUUUUUUUAACAUGCUUUUUGUCAUUGAGCGCUCUGUCGGUUUGCACCUCUAUCGUGUUUUACAGGAUGCUCUUUCGGUUCCCCUUUUUGUAGCAGAGCCGCUUCGAACUUCUCAGACUAAUGCUAUUUUAGCGUAUUAG